AGCUCUGCGCUAAACAGACGCACAGUGAGUCAGCUGAGAGUGCGCCGCUGCGCUCCGAUGGAUGAGUGACUGCGUUCAGGAGGGACCCCGCGUGUUUGGAGAAAAGAAAGAUGAAGAUGCGACUCGGGAGAGAGUCUGACGUGCACAUGCCGAGGUGUCGGAGCGAGCGGGUUGACGCAUAAUCCCACCCGCCCCGCUGGAACUGAGAGGAGGAGGAGGGGUGGACAUCUAGCCUGGCUAAACUCAAAUCCUCCAGAAGAGAUUUACAGAGCUGCUCGUGCUGCGAGGUUAUAAAGAGACACAACAUUUUUUACAGCUUUUUCUCUCUGUGGGAUCCGCUGGAGGUUUUUGGAUCUGAUGGGAUGUGUGCAGUAACAUUUCGUCUGUAAGAAUCCACCGAGUCUGACUCUGCGUCGCUGGGACCGAGGUGUGGACCGGAGGAACAUUAUACAUCCAAGGUAGAUUUGGUUUUCACCGGGGGGAAUCAUCUGGAGCCAUGAUGACAGCCCCCCCACUGGUCCCACAGCCCGCCUGCUGACGGUACCCGGGCAGGAGGAGGAGGAUGAUGGGAGCAGGUCUGUCGCUUUCAGGAUCCAGAAGCAGCCGAUUCAUCAAUGGAGGAGGAGAGUGACACCCGGAAAGUCAACAACAGCUUCCUGCGCGACCACAACUAUGCAACCGAAGCUGACAUUAUCUCGACGGUGGAGUUUAACUCAACGGGGGAGCUGUUGGCCACCGGGGAUAAAGGAGGAAGAGUGGUUGUCUUUCAGAGGGAGCAGGAGAGUAAGACACAGCCCCAUCGCCGAGGGGAGUACAAUGUUUACAGCACAUUCCAGAGCCACGAGCCUGAGUUUGAUUACCUGAAGAGUUUGGAGAUUGAGGAGAAGAUCAACAAGAUCAAAUGGUUGCCUCAGCAGAACGCUGCAUACUUCCUGCUUUCCACCAACGACAAGACUGUGAAGCUGUGGAAGAUCAGUGAGAGGGACAAACGCCCGGAAGGCUACAACUUGAAGGAUGAGGACGGACGCAUCCGAGACCCAACGACCAUCACCGCCCUUCGGGUGCCAGUGCUGCAGCCGAUGGAUUUGAUGGUCGAGGCGACAGCCAGACGUGUCUUCAGCAAUGCCCACACAUACCACAUCAACUCCAUCUCCGUCAACUCAGACCUUCAGACGUUCAUCUCCACUGACGACCUCCGGGUGAACCUGUGGAACCUGGAGAUCACUGAUCGCAGCUUCAACAUCGUGGACAUCAAGCCAGCCAACAUGGAGGAGCUGACGGAAGUCAUCACCUCGGCGGAGUUUCACCCCCAGCACUGUCACACCUUCGCCUACAGCAGCAGUAAGGGCUCAAUACGCCUCUGUGACAUGAGACAGGCGGCGCUCUGCGACAGGCACAGCAAAUAUUUUGAGGAGCCAGAAGAUCCAUCCACCCGCUCUUUCUUUUCUGAAAUCAUCUCAUCCAUCUCAGACGUGAAGUUCAGCCACAAUGGACGCUACCUGAUGACAAGGGACUACCUGACUGUCAAAGUGUGGGACCUCCAGAUGGAGAACAAACCACUGGAAACCUACCAGGUUCAUGACUAUUUACGGGGCAAGCUUUGUUCUCUGUACGAGAACGACUGCAUCUUUGACAAGUUUGAGUGUGUCUGGAACGGAUCAGACAGCGUCAUAAUGACCGGCUCGUACAACAAUUUCUUCCGAAUGUUCGACCGGAACACCAAACGAGACGUCACGCUGGAAGCGUCCAGAGAGAACAGCAAACCCCGAGCGAUUCUGAAGCCUCGCAAGGUGUGUGUUGGUGGGAAACGUCGCAAGGAUGAGAUCAGCGUGGACAGCCUCGACUUCAGCAAGAAGAUCCUUCACACGACGUGGCACCCGCAUGAGAACAUCAUUGCUGUAGCAGCCACCAACAACCUCUACAUUUUCCAAGACAAAGUGAACUAACAAAAAGGGCGGCCUGCCCCGCCUGCUGACCCUGCACUCUUGGAUCCACAUGAAUGAGGGGCUGCUGUUUUUAAUUCCCUCCACUCUGGUUUAAGAGUCAAAUAUCCACUGACAUGCUUUGGGGAAAUGACCAGUAAGGAUUUUGGAAAAGCGAAUGCUACGUGAGGAAAAAGCUUCGCUCCGCAGUGUGACUUCUGAUUUAAAUUAUUUAACCGCCCCGAAGAAAUGAAUCCUGCGCAUUUAUGCAACGAGAGGAUUGCUGCAUGAAUAACGCUAUGUAGCAGCCCUCUGGACCCUGACGACAGGGCGGUUAAAGAGAACAUUGAAUAUGAAACAGAGCACACAGACAAUCGGAGCCUAGGUGAGGGGAGGCUCGUUGUCAUGUAGCAUCAGUGCCCCCUGUCUUUGGCUCUGCUACAGGAUGAAGCUGCCGCCUCUGACUGAGGCUAAAGUGUUGGACACUGCUACAGAGGAAAAAAAGAAGACUGUUAAUGCCUGACAGAGACUCU